AUGGUACGUCCUUAUCUGCGGCAGAUUCCAUCCUGUGAUCCUCGCAGCAGACAUGAAGAAAGCAUUCUUCCAGGUACGAAUUUGAGAAGAAGAUCACGAUGCACUAUGAUUCCACUGGCUGAGGAACAUUAAUUCAAACGAAGUUGUGUUGUUAAGGGUACGUGCGAACAUUAUUUGGGUUGUUGUCUUCUCCGUACCUGUUAGGGGGAAUGAUAGACCACGUAGAUGAUCUCAUAUUAGGUGCCUCUUCUGUGUCCUCAGCAAGUGACCUGAAGCAAGAUACUAUCACCAUCUUGGAAGAUGCUUCCUUGCAGCUCCAUAAGUGGAAUUUGAACGCUCCUGAACUUGAAUCAAACCAACCUUCCUCACAGAGUAAUGCUGACCAAAAUGCCAAGCAACAAUUCCCUCCAUCCACUCAAAGUGGCAGUAAACUCCUUGGUGUGGCUUGGAACAAAUGCAACUAUACAUUUAGUGUAGUUUUUCCCCAUGAGACGUGCAAACGAAAAAAGAGACAUUCUUGCAAAGCCACUUGGAUUCGCUUUCCCAAUCUUGCUCCAAGGAAAGUUAAUGUAUCGUAA